GCCCUGCGCCCUACAGUAUGUCGUUAAGUGGAUGAUUUCAUUGGUGGUCGCACGACCACCGGCUGUGCUUGCGACAAUUUAUUUGAACGCUUUUCCAUUCGAGAUUUGAAUACACCUACUCCUUCAACACAUACACACCAUGACAGCAGUCAACAACAACGACGAUCCACAGGGUCCGAAUGCUGGAAGCGCCGCCGAUAUUGCCUCCAAGCAAGACCAAUCAAGUACAAACAACGGCGCCAAUGGCGAUGUAGAAGAUGGCGACUCUGACGAUGACGAGGCCGAUGGUGCGGACGAAGGAGCUCAAGGAGGUCCUGGAGAUGGUACCGCCAAGAAAAAGAAGAAGAGAAAGCCGAGAAAGAAGAAGAAGGCCGGGACCGGCGCAGCUGGAGGUGGAGCGCGUGCGCAGACCAGCCCACCUACCAUCAAAGUCUCAGAUCUAUUUCCCAACAACUCAUAUCCCGUCGGAGAAGAGGUCGAGUAUAAAAACGAAAAUGCAUACCGCACGACGAGCGAGGAGAAGAGGCACCUGGAUCGCAUGAACCAGGACUUCUUGACCGAGUAUCGUCAGGCGGCAGAGGUGCAUCGACAAGUGCGGAAACAUGCCAAGUCGGUGAUCAAGCCUGGAAUGAGCUUGACGGAAAUUGCAGAGAUCAUCGAAAAUGGCACGAGACAUCUCACAGGACACAUGGGUCUGGAGGAAGGUGACAACAUUCUGGGAGGCGUCGCUUUCCCUACUGGUCUCAGCUUGAACCACUGUGCUGCACACUACACCCCGAACGCCGGCAACAAGAUGAUCCUCAAGCACGAAGAUGUCAUGAAGGUUGACUUUGGUGUCCAUCUCAACGGUCGCAUUGUCGACAGUGCCUUUACCAUCGCAUUCGAUCCGCAGUACGACAACCUGCUCGCAUCUGUCAAGGACGCCACCAACACCGGUAUCCGCCUCUCUGGCAUCGACGCUCGAUUCAGUGAGAUCGGUGAAGGCAUCCAGGAAGCUAUGGAGUCCUACGAGGUCGAGAUCAACGGGACUACAUACCCCAUCAAGGCCAUCCGUAACUUGAAUGGCCACACAAUCAGCCAGUAUAGUAUCCACGGUGGCAGCACUGGUAAAUCUGUACCCAUCGUCAAGGGCGGCAGCAACGAGAAGAUGGAGGAAGGCGAAACCUAUGCCAUUGAGACUUUCGGCAGCACCGGCAAGGGUGUCGUCCGCGAUGACAUGGAGACCUCUCACUACGCCAAGAUUGCCGACGCACCCAAGGUUGCGCUCCGCGUGGCCUCGGCCAAGACUCUCCUGCGCAGCAUUGAGAAGAACUUUGGUACCCUGCCAUUCUGCCGACGAUACCUCGACCGUCUCGGCCAUGACAAGUAUCUUUUGGGCCUGAACAAUCUGGUCCAGUCCGGAAUUGUGCAAGAUUAUCCUCCUUUGUGCGAUAUCAAGGGAAGCUACACUGCUCAGUAUGAGCAUACGAUUCUGCUGCGACCUAAUGUGAAGGAGGUCAUCAGCCGUGGCGACGACUAUUGAUGAAAUGUAUGAAAUGGGCGAGGUAUUCCCUCGAAAAAGCACGGAUGUCGAAGGUGGCACCCGAUACGGCGUUCUUAUGUAGCUGAACUUCAAAAUGGAACAAACAACAUUGGUAUCCCAAUUGAGCCACAGCAUCUUCGCUCCACAUGUCACCAAGCGUUCAAUGUGAACUACCAAGGGAUGUGCUCUUGUGACAAUGGCCUCUCCAGUGGAGAGAAAGGAUGCAUGAUUUCGACCGAAGAAACAUUAGGGUUGAAAUUCUGG